UUGGCGCUGGCGUCGGGCAGAGAUUUGAGCGGUGGACGCUGGGUAGGACGUGAAGUCGGCCAUGUUUACCUUUUCAUAGUGGUUGAAGGAGAGAUACCCAGUAAUGAAGGGGAUCCGAAAUUUCAGUCAUAUAUCUAAACGGUUCUAUGCGGCCCCCCGGAGCAGCAGAUCUCUGACAGAGCCGCUAGCCGGCUUAAAGCUCCCCAAAGGGGCUGCACACCCCCACCAAGAUGCCCAAGUGACCAGGCUUCCCAAUGGCCUGGUGAUUGCGUCCCUGGAGACCUACUCCCCGGCCUCUAAGAUCGGCCUGUUUGUGAAAGCGGGAAGUCGUUAUGAGACCACGGGAAACGAGGGCGUCACUCACAUGCUGCGGCUCGCUGCCAACCUGACCACAAAGGGUGCGUCCGCGUUCAAGAUCUGUCGGGGUGUGGAGGCCGUGGGGGGCAGCUUGAGUGUGACCUCCUCCAGGGAGAACAUGAUCUACUCGGUGGACUGUCUGAGAGACCAUGUCGAUACCGUCAUGGAGUACCUGAUUAACGUAACCACAGCCCCCGAGUUCAGGCCUUGGGAGGUGAAUGACCUCACGUCGAGGCUGAAGAUUGACAAGGCCUUGGCCAGUCAGAAUCCACAGAUCGCUGUGUUGGAAAUACUGCAUGCGGCUGCCUACAAGAAUGCCCUGUCCAACUCUUUGUACUGCCCAGACUACAUGGUGGGUCAUGUGACCUCAGAGCAGCUGCACACCUUUGUCCAGAACAAUUUCACCAGUGCGAGGAUGGCUUUGGUGGGACUGGGUGUGGAUCACUCCGUGCUCAGGCAAGUGGGGGAGCAGUUUCUAAACGUCCGCAGCGGGACAGGGGUCGCCGGCGCCAAGGCACAGUACCGAGGAGGGGAAGUGCGGAACCAGAGCAGCGACAGCCUGGUGCACGUGGCACUGGUGAGCGAGGGGGCAGUGUCGGGCUCGGCGGAGGCCAGCGCCUUCAGCCUGCUGCAGCGCGUGCUGGGAGCCGGGCCUCGCGUCAAGCGCGGCUCCAACACCACCAGCAAGCUGAGCCAGGGCAUCGCCAAGGCAACGCCCAGCCCCUUCGACGCCUCGGCUUUCAAUGCUGACUACUCCGACUCGGGGCUGUUUGGGGUCUACACCAUCUCGCAGAGCGACUCGGCUGGAGAUGUGAUCCGGGCGGCCGCCGCCCAGGUGGACAGCGUGGCACAGGGAGGCCUCACCCCAACUGACCUCUCCAGGGCCAAGAGCCAGCUGACGGCGGAGUAUCUGAUGGCUCUGGAGUGCUCAGACACGGCCCUGGAGGUGCUGGGCCUACAAGCACUGCUGGGAGGAGCCUACCAGGCCCCAGAAACUGUAGUCCAGAACAUCAACUCUGUCACCGCCGAUGAUGUCAUCAAUGCUGCGAAAACGUUUGUGGCUGGGAAGAAGACGAUGGUAUCUAGUGGACAUCUGAUGAACAUGCCCUUCAUAGAUGAAUUGUGAAGAGUGAGGUUUGAAUUGGCAAAGAGACAUGGUAUCCAUCGCUGCUGGGUCAACAGAUCCACUCACUUCCGGUUCCCAUGGCAACUCUGUCUCCAGGAAAUGACCGCAUUGCCAGCACCAACUACAACUGUUGUUUAUCGUCUGGUCUGUGCUAAGUUUCGUCCACUAUUGUAUAUCCAAUGUAAAUUCAUUAAAAUCUCUAUGGUA